AUGAAUUAAUCAAGUAUAUCAUUUAUUUAUUUGAAUGCUUUUACNAAUAUUAUUGGAACUAUUAGAUCAAAAUAGUUAAUUGAUAUGGAAUUAACUAAAAGAAAGAUAUCAGAAUUAGAUAACCUUGUUAGACCUGUUCUAUUUAUCUAAAAUGACACUUCUUUAUUUGAAAUGUUAAUGAUAUUUAAAUAAAAAAAAACUAAAAUUGCAUUUGUAGUCGAGGCUAAUAAAAUCGAAUAAACUAAUACUUCAAGAAUUCCUAAUUAUUAAAUUGUUGAUGAAAAAAUAUCAAAAAAAAUUAUAGGAUUGAUCUCCUUGAAAAUGCUAUUUGAAGAAAUUGUAAAGAAAGAGUUUCAUGAUUAAGAUAAUCAUAUCAAGUUUAAUUCAGUAUUAUCAUUUUUAUUACAUUUUAGUUAAAACCCCAUUAAAUAUAACCAAUUGGUAAAUCAUAAAACAAAAUACUUAUUGAGCCAGAGGAAAAAAAUUGA